AUGCUAGAUCUGUCCUCGAAUUCAUUUUUUGGCCUUAUUCCAAAUACAUUUGGCAACUUGAGAUUCCUCAAACGGCUUGUCCUAGAGUACAAUAACUUGAUCACUGAAUCACCUACUGCGCAAUGGAGCUUUCUCUCUUCUUUAACAAAUUGCAGGAAACUGAGACUUUUGGUCUUAAAUUCUAAUCCAUUGUCUGGUUUCCUUCCACUUUCAAUUGGGAAUCUAUUUUCAUCUCUUCAAUAUUUUCUUGCAAAUAAUUGUAAACUCAAAGGCAGCAUUCCUAUAGAGUUCGGUAACUUGCAUAGCUUGAUAUUUCUAGAACUUUCAAGGAAUGAGUUGAAUGGAUCUAUUCCGACUAUUGUGGGAAGAUUACGGUGUCUCCAAGUUUUAAAGCUCGUUAUUAAUAAUUUGCGGGGACCCAUUCCGUAUGAGCUUUGCCAAUUACAGACAUUGGGUGAACUGCUGUUAAAUGAUAAUAUGCUCUACGGAUCGAUACCUACAUGCUUGGUGAAUUUGACUUCUCUAAGACAUCUGCAAUUAGGCUCCAACAAACUAACUUCUAGCAUACCAUCAUCCUUAUGGACUGUUCAAUAUAUCUUGUAUGUAAACUUGUCAUCAGAUUCAUUAAGUGGUUCUCUCUCUUCAGAUAUACAGAGUUUGAAGGUCUUGAAAGAUCUAGAUUUGUCAAGAAAUCAGUUAUCAGGCAAUAUUCCCGUCACCCUUGGGGACCUUAAAGAUCCAGAAACUCUAUCUUUGGCAGAUAAUAGAUUUGAAAGCCCUAUCCCUAGCACAUUUGGAACAUUGAUAAGCUUGGUAUCCUUGGAUCUUUCUAAUAAUAGUCUCUCAGGUGGAAUUCCCAAGUCAUUGGAAGCUCUCUCACAUCUUGAAAACUUUAAUGUCUCUCUUAAUGGUUUAGAAGGGGAAAUUCCCACCAAAGUUUUGGUUCAGUAUUCAAAGGGACAUUUUCAGAUGGAACUAAUGUUGCAGUAA